CUGCCGGGAGCAGAGCCAGGACAGGAACACUGUAUCUUUCAGGACAAAGUGGCCAGUGUGUAUGAAGCCCCAGGCUUUUUCCUAGACUUGGAGCCCAUCCCUGGAGCCUUGGAAGCCAUGCGGGAGAUGAAUGACAUGCAGGACACCCAAGUCUUCAUCUGCACCAGUCCUCUGAUGAAAUAUGACCACUGUGUGGGCGAGAAGUACCGCUGGGUGGAGAAGCACCUGGGGCCCCAGUUUGUGGAGCGCAUUAUCUUGACGAGAGACAAGACGGUGGUCUUGGGGGACCUGCUCAUUGAUGACAAUGACACCAUUCAAGGCCAAGAGGAGACCCCACGCUGGGAGCACAUCUUGUUCACCUGCUGCCACAACCAGCACCUGGUCUUGCCCCCAACAAGGAGACGGCUGUUCUCCUGGAGUGACAACUGGAAGGAGAUUAUAGACAGCAAGAGGGGAGCCAUGCAGUGCGACUGAACCGGCCUGAGGCUGCCACAGGAGUAAGCUGAGGACCCUGGCAGCAGACAGUAGCUUAAGGAAGGGAAGGCAGGCCAGCAGGAACUGUGGCAGAACUGAGUGACAGGCAGCAUCGUGGCAGUGACCCCUGCCAGCACCGUGCCAGCCACCUGGAACCUCCCAAGGGAGCUGGCAUGGAAGCAUGGUGGGGAAAUUAGGAACCUUUUUAAUAAAAUGCUUUGGCUCACUGCUC